AACUACAGGCAGUAAGCGCUUCGGAACGACUCCGCUUCACUCCUCCGGUUUCCGACGGUGCCUGUUUGGGCGAAGGACCAGAACCGGAACGCUUUGGAGGACGGAUCGCAGAGGUUGUCUGAAGGCCGAGGCCAAAAUGGCGUUGAUGUCGGUGCUGGGAUUAAAGGCGUGAGUCUCCACAUCCAACCCCAGAUUACAGAAAUUUACCCCAUAUUCUCUGAAGCUGGAGUCCAAGAUCAGGCUGACACAGGACUGGGAUUUCAUGAGAUCACAGAUGUCAUCUCCCCCGUAUCCUCAUGAGCUCCUGGUCUGCUCUGUGUGCGGAUCCUGGGCCUCCGCUCCAGCAUAGACACAGUGGCCCAAGUGUGCAGAGUCCAUCAGAGUGUGGCCACAGAGGGCUCGAGCAGGUCCUGGGACCCUGUGUAUCCCUCCUCACUGGGAAACUGCUCUGGCAGGAUCUCCAGAGAAGACAAUGGGGUUACCUGGCUAACUCUUCCCCCAUGCCCACGUACUCUGUCCUUAGCAUACAGUCUGCUGUGCCCAAGGCUGGAGCUGGAGCUGUGGUACCCAAGCCCUCCCAUCUCCCCAGAAACCGGGCCGAGUAUGUGGUUGCCAAGCUGGAUGACCUCAUCAACUGGGCACGCCGGAGCUCCUUGUGGCCUAUGACCUUCGGCUUGGCGUGCUGUGCUGUGGAGAUGAUGCACAUGGCUGCUCCGCGCUACGACAUGGACCGCUUUGGUGUGGUGUUCCGUGCCAGCCCACGUCAGGCCGAUGUGAUGAUUGUAGCUGGCACGCUUACCAACAAGAUGGCCCCUGCACUCCGCAAGGUGUAUGACCAGAUGCCUGAACCUCGCUAUGUGGUUUCCAUGGGGAGUUGUGCCAACGGUGGUGGCUACUAUCACUACUCCUACUCAGUAGUGCGAGGCUGCGACCGCAUUGUGCCAGUGGACAUCUAUGUACCAGGCUGUCCACCCACGGCCGAGGCGCUACUCUAUGGCAUCUUACAGCUGCAACGGAAGAUCAAGCGUGAGCAGAAGUUGAAGAUCUGGUACCGCAGGUAGAGCUGCCGGGCCAAACACCACAGCCCCAGAAUCCCAAUGUGAAUAAACCCAUCCUAACCCAG